AAAAAAAAUCAGCUCUUGAGAAGCUUAUUAUCACUUAGGUAGAUCUUUCAAGAUGGUAUACUUCCUCCUUUGCCUAAUUUUUUUUUUUUUAAUUAAAUUUUCCAAUUAUAUUAUUUAACUUCUCUUAUUCACUCUUUAAAUUCGCUUGACCAUUGAGCUAAAUCCGGUAAAAGCAGUUACUUUCAUAUUCAUCCUCCUACAACUCAGCCUCUCUUUUUCACCAAAAAGUUUUAAGGUUCCAAUUAUACCCUCUUUCCCAAAUUCCAUAUUAUACACCUUUACACUCAACUCAAACUAACAAUUAUAAUGCAUUGUUUGGAUGGUCUCAUAUGUGUGCUUUCUGUAAGUUCUGUUUUGAUGCCUUGAACGGUUCUAGGCUUGUUGCUUUCAACUUGGGCUAUCUUCCAGGAGGCGACAAAACUGUAAUUACUACGGCUGAAACAACACUGUUGGCACUGGAGGCUGCAGAGAGAAUCGUAGUACGUGGGGGUCUUAUUAGCAUAGUGGUCUAUGUGGGCCAUCCUGGUGGAAGGAAGGAAUUGGAAACCGUUGAAGCAUUUGCUGGUAGAUUGUCAGUUGACAAUUGGAUCUGCUGCAAGUUUCAGAUGUUAAACCGACCUUUAGCUCCUCUACUUGUUUUCUUAUUCAAGAGAUGAAACCACAGAAAUUUCCCAGUUAUAAUAGUCGUUGUACAUAAUAACUUUGAAUCAAUCGUAUAAUGGGACCCUAAAAACACCUUCAUGGAUUCCUUUUGUUUUGUCAAAAUUAUUAGUCUGAGAUCACUUUUUAUUUA